GCAAACAAAGAGGAAGCGCGUGUCUCUGAUUUAAAGGGGAAUACGGUGUUCACGGUUGUUACCUCAAUCUUAUUAUUACCAUUCAAUACCAUUAAACAUUGCAAAAAUACAGAAUUUGUCCAAGGAGGUGGCUUAAGCAAAACCAGGUAAAAUUAAUCAUCUGUAGGCCGAUUGGCUCAGUAGUCAGUGAGCUAACUGGGCUUGAAAUACCAGUUUAGCCAGGCAGCUAUUCGCCUACAUCUAAGCUUUCCUUGAGGUGUUCAGGCGAGACCCGUUCGCUUGAACUUAGCUAAUGUUCGUCCUGUCCGAGCUACAAGUCACAUUGCCACGUGUAGGAUGUCGCCCAUUUUCAGAUAGACUGGAUGUAUAGUGCUUGCUUUUGUAAAGCAGUAAGAGCGCUCCCUGAAACACCUUUGUGCCGGGCAAUUCGAUUGUGGAUAACACUGCACAGUGAUCCAUUCGGACAGUGUCCUCGUCCUCUACUCGGCAUCCAGGGCUUCGCUUUCAGGCCUGGUAGAAGUCUUGCAUGCACCUCACCGUUGAGACAGUUGAGCCUCCUCUCAUCUCCGUUAUCUUUGAGUGUGUCCAGGCCAGUGUGGCAGGGAGAUAGGGCAGGCAUGGCAGAACAGAGGUACUGCGUGGAGUACGCCAAGCGUGGCACUGCAGGCUGCAAGAAAUGCAAGGACAAGAUUAUGAAGGGGCUGGUGCGUAUUGGCAAGAUCGUGCCCAACCCGUUCAGCGAGUCUGCCGGAGAGAUGAAGGAGUGGUAUCACAUGAAGUGCAUCUUCGAGAAGCUGGAGCGAGCACGGGCCACCACAAAGAAGAUCGAAGACAUCACCGAUCUGGAAGGCUGGGAGGAGCUGCAGGAUGAGGAUAAAGAGCUAAUCAAUAAGCACGUGACUGAAUUGGUUGCUAAGACCAAUGCAAGUCCAAAGAAGAAGGUACAAGCCAAACUAAACACCAGUGGACAAUUAUCAGUGCCUCUUGCAGAUCCAACAGUCAACGCGCCACGCAAGUUUUCAGGAUUCACAGCCACGAAGGCGGGUUCCUCCUCCUCCAGUCCGGGCCCCUCUCCCAGCAAAGGCACUCAGGCCAGCACUCUGGCUUCUCAGCUCUGCCAGCCGGACCAUAAGGACUGCUUGUUCCGGGAGUUCCGCAAGCUCUGUGGUUUGGUGGCCGAGAAGUCCAGCUACAACACCAAGACGGAGAUCAUCAAGGAUUUCUUGAAGAAAGGUUCAGCUGGAGAUAAGUUUAAGGGAGACCUCUACCUGACGGUAAAGCUGCUUCUCCCAGGCGUAGUGAAGAGUGUGUACAACCUUAAUGACAAGCAGAUCGUCAAGCUUUUCAGCCGCAUCCUGAACUGCAAUCAAGACGAGAUGGUGUGCGAUCUGGAGCAGGGCGAUGUCUCAGAGACAGUAAGGAUAUUUUUCGAAGCCAGCAAGUCGUUUCCCCCUGCAACCAAGAGUCUCCUAACCAUCCAGGAAGUGGACGCUUCGCUAAACCGCCUGGCUCAGUUUACCAAAGAAGAUGACCAGCAGGCUGAGCUCCAGAACAUUGCGAAAAAAUGCACAGGGAACGACUUGAAGUGUUACAUCCGACUUGUCAAACACGAUCUGAAAAUUAACUCUGGGGCCAAGCACGUGCUGGACGCUUUGGACCCCAAUGCUUACGAUGCCUUCAAAGCGUCACGUAACCUUGGCGACGUGAUUGACAGGGUGCUCCGGAACCAUCAGGAGGCGACCAAUGGUGGUGGCCCCAGGAAGUUCCUGAGUAUAGAGGCUACCCUUAUGACCCCUGUUCAGCCUAUGCUGGCAGAAGCCUGCAAGUCCAUUGAGCACGCUAUGAAGAAGUGCCCUAACGGAAUGUACUCCGAGAUCAAGUACGACGGCGAACGUGUGCAAGUCCACAAGAACGGAGACCAUUUCAGCUACUUCAGUCGCAGCCUCAAGCCUGUCCUGCCUCACAAGGUAGCACAUUUUAAAGAGUUCAUCCCACAGGCUUUUGCUGGUGGUCACAGCAUGAUCCUGGAUGCUGAAGUUCUUCUCAUCGACACUAAGACCAACAAACCUCUGCCCUUCGGCACGCUGGGAGUUCAUAAAAAAGCAGCCUUCCAAGACGCCCAAGUCUGCCUGUUUGUAUUUGACUGCAUUUAUUUUAAUGGCGUCAGCCUUAUGGACAAGCCACUGUGUGAGAGAAGAAAAUUUCUACACGACAACAUGGUGGAAGUUCCUAACAGGAUUCUGUUUUCAGAAAUGAAACAUGUCACAAAAGCUCCUGACCUGGCUGAGAUGAUCACGCGUGUCAUCAGAGAGGGACUGGAGGGACUGGUCCUGAAGGACGUUAAGGGGCUGUAUGAGCCCGGCAAACGUCACUGGUUGAAGGUGAAAAAAGACUACCUAAAUGAAGGUGCAAUGGCUGACACUGCAGACCUGGUGGUCUUGGGUGCAUUUUAUGGGUCAGGCUCCAAAGGUGGUAUAAUGUCCAGUUUUCUCAUGGGAUGCUAUGAUCCAGAAGCCAAAAAGUGGUGCACUGUGACUAAAUGCUCUGGAGGCUACGAUGAUGCCACUCUAGCCAGGCUGCAAAAGGAGUUAGAUGUUAUUAAAAUUGGCAAGGAUCCUAGCAAGAUUCCAGGGUGGUUAAAGAUCAUCAAGAAUUACUACCCAGAUUUUCUCAUUCGAGACCCAGAGAAAGCCCCAGUUUGGGAGAUCACAGGAGCCGAGUUUUCCAAGUCAGAAAUGCACACAGCCGACGGCAUAUCCAUCCGUUUCCCCCGAUGCACCCGCAUGCGUGAUGACAAAGACUGGAAAACGGCUACCAACCUUCCUCAGCUCAAGGAACUCUACCGUAUCUCGAAGGAGAGGUGCGAUUUCGAGGUGACCGCGGGGCCAUCCACAAGCAGUAAAGAUGACGAGGGUUCCUCGGGAGGAGACGGUGGCAGCGGCUCUCCUUCCACCCCCCACGGAGCAGCUAGCGCAAACAAGACCAGAAAUGGCCACACUCCCAAGCCAAAGCCAGUGAAAUCCAAAUCCAUAACUCCUGUCAAGAGGAAGCUUCCGACAGAAGAACGCAGCGCAAAAAAGAUCAAGACUGAAGCGGUCCAAAGCAACGGGCAGAGCAAACCAAAAGCAGCAUCGGCUAAGCCUGCCAACUCGCCUUCGGAAAAGACUUUACUCGACAUCUUCACCGGCGUGAAGCUCUACCUCCCAGAGUCGGUGCCAGGUUGUGAAAAGCUGCGCCGCUACUUCGUGGCCUAUGACGGAGACCUGGUGCCUGACUACGACGCAGCCUCCGCCACACACACACUGGCCCAGCCCGAAGAGGACAGCCAGGCCGAGAGAAUCACGGCCGAAUGGAUCUGGGCCUGCAUUCGCAAACGGAGAGUAGUGCCCCCUUGCUGAACCAGUGAGAACCGCACCAAGGACGCAGACACACUGUUCUGGCUUCUUUUGAAAUAAAAAAAAAAAAAAAAAGAAGGAAAAAGGUCAUCAGUACAUUUGGGACAAACUGGGCUUAUGCUAAAGUUUUUCUCAAGCUCUACCAUGGGCGCAUAGAGCAGUGUGUGUUUUCCGGUGCGCCAGAGUUUUUUUUUGUGCACGGAUGCACAUGGUGUCAUGAGACCAUGCAUUAACCUUUUAUUCCUUUUCACACAUAUUUAUAUGGAUUUUUGUCUGUUCACCAGAAGUUAUGCUUUUAUACAUCUCGAACACUACCGCUAAUCACUGCUGGCAAGUUCAUUUUGUUAACACUUGCAAUAGGUUUUUAAGUAAUGGUAUUAUGACAUUAGUCAUAAAAACUAUGCGUGAGCAUCUUCAAAUGCUCAACAUUCGUUUACAUCUGAAGAGUAAUGGAUUAUUUGCCGAAUGUCAUUUUUGUAGGAAGAUAACAGUUUUUUGGCAUAGGAAUAUGACCAAAAGUAGCCCAAAUAUGCCGAUUUAGCAUAGAUGUGAUUUUUAUACACACUAUUUAACUACAAAAUAAUGUUAACAGAAUGGGGAGCUUACCAUCAUUUACAAUCAUGGGUGCAUAAAGUGUCAGUGGUUUUGGUUGUCGACUAGGAUCACACUGGCAUGCAGUUUUCUCUUGCAGCCUUUUGAAAAUUAUGGAAAUUAGCGAUUUCAUGCGGUAAUACAGGCAUCAACGUAUGUUUGCAUACAAACAUAGACUCUGAACAGGGAGAAUUAAGUCUCUCUGUACUCUAUAUGAAUGAAACAACUUGAUUUACAAAAAAGUAACAUUUACAAGGAAAUGGUUUUAUACAUGUUUGCAAUGAAAACUAUUGUGCAACUCCUGUAGAAUACUUUGCAAUACAAAGCAAACACA